AUUUGCACAAAGUGAGCCACGAAACUGUUCACUCACUCAUCACCAUAUAUCUACUUAUAUCUGCUUCGAUCUUGUACUUGAAGAAGAGAAAGGAGAAAGGAGAGAAUAUAGACGAUGGGAGAGAACUCGUCGGCGGCGGCGAAGCACCAGAAUUAUCACCGGCAAGUGCUGGAUUUCUCGAUCAACGUCGACGCUCAGUCGCGCGCCGACUCCAAAUGCUUCGACGACGACGGUCGUCUCAAGAGAACUGGGAGUGUUUGGACGGCUAGUGCACACAUAAUAACGGCUGUUAUAGGUUCGGGAGUUUUGUCCUUAGCAUGGGCCGUGGCACAGUUGGGAUGGAUUGCUGGUCCUACUAUGAUGAUCUUGUUUUCUAUUGUCACCUAUUACACCUCCGUUCUUCUCUCCGAAUGUUACCGUUCCGGUGACCCUGUCACCGGCAAGAGAAACUACACCUACAUGGAUGCCGUCCGCUCCAAUCUUGGGGGAUUGCAGGUUAAGAUUUGUGGGGCAAUUCAGUAUGCAAAUCUGGUUGGAGUGGCAAUUGGGUACACCAUUGCCUCUGCUAUAAGCAUGAUGGCAAUCAAGAGGUCGAAUUGUUUCCAUGCUAGUGGAGGGAAGAACCCAUGCCAUAUUAACAGCAAUCCUUACAUGAUAAUAUUUGGAGUGGUGGAGAUCAUCUUCUCUCAAAUCCCAGAUUUUGAUCAGAUUUGGUGGCUCUCCAUUGUUGCUGCUGUCAUGUCCUUCACCUACUCAACCAUUGGACUUGGCCUUGGCAUUGCCAAAGUUGCAGAAAAUGGGAAAAUCCAAGGAAGCCUUACUGGAAUCAGCGUUGGAAGUAAUGUUUCUGAACUACACAAGAUAUGGUUAAGCUUUCAAGCGUUUGGAGCCAUAGCUUUUGCCUAUUCUUAUUCCCUCAUCCUCAUUGAAAUUCAGGACACAGUGAAGUCUCCACCAAGAGAAUCCAAGACAAUGAAGAGGGCAACCUUAAUCAGCGUAGCAGUAACAACCGUGUUCUACAUGCUGUGCGGGUGCUUUGGCUACGCCGCCUUCGGAGACAGCUCCCCGGGCAACCUCCUAACCGGCUUCGGCUUCUACAACCCCUUCUGGCUUCUCGACAUCGCCAACGCCGCCAUCGUCAUCCACCUCGUCGGCGCCUACCAGGUCUACUGCCAGCCCCUCUUCGCCUUCGUCGAGAAAUCCGCCAAACAAAAAUUCCCACAUUCCAACCUCAUAACCCGAGACCUACAAGUCCCCUUAGUCCCCAAUUUCAGGCUCAACCUUUUCCGCCUCAUCUGGCGCUCCCUUUUCGUGGUCUUCACCACCGUCGUCUCCAUGCUCCUCCCCUUCUUCAAUGACAUCGUUGGCAUCCUCGGGGCCCUGGGCUUCUGGCCGCUCACCGUUUACUUCCCCGUCGAAAUGUACAUCGUUCAGAAACAGAUACCCAAGUGGAGCACCAAAUGGGUCUGCUUCCAAAUCCUCAGCGCCGCCUGUCUCGUCAUCUCCGUUGCCGCCGCUGUCGGGUCCUUCGCCGGAGUUGUCACUGAUCUUAAGGUUUACAGGCCAUUCAAGACCAGCUACUGAUGAUCAUCUAUCCAGGCUUGACUUAUUAAUGUUGAGAUGUUCUUAAGGAUCGGAACAAAAAUGCCGAUUAAGAAGAGCUAGGCGUGCUGUUCUGUCGUCUGAUCUGUAGUGAUAGUUUAGUUUAUUAUAUGUUUUCAUAUCGUGUCUGGUGAGUUGUGAUGAUGCCAAAUUAAAGAUAUAUCAUAAUAAUGUCUGAUGAUCCUCAUAUCUUGUCCACUUUAGAAUCUCAAGUUUUUAGCAAAUCCAAAUAAUAUAUUAACUCCC